AUGUCCACAACGAUACUUUACGUACUACUUCCAGUGCGAUCUAACUCACCAAGAACACUGACAAAGAAUGUUGAUGUGUACGAAGAACUGAGAAAAAUGUAUUCCACGAACGGAAUAUGCGAACAAAUCUUGGAUCAAGUAUUAAAUGAUUUGAAUCAGUCAAUUGGAAAUCACCUCGAGAAACAUGAGGUAAAAUCUGCUAAAAUUACUCUACAAAAACUAAAAUAACUUUAGUUCUACUGGAGAUAUAUCAGUCCCAUUUUUUUCCCUUAGUGAAAGUAAGUAUAUUAAUGUCUUUAUUGAUUAUAUUGCAGCUUUGCAGCAAAGUGAAAUACGAGAACCCUGUGGCCAAGCAAUCGUUUCAUAUGGGUCCAGGAACGUUACGAAGACUUUGUUGAGGGCAAGGAGGGGGGGAGGGGGGGUCAAAUUACCUGGUUUUUUAAUUACGUUUUGCGUUACCUAAAAGUUAUCGAAAAUUUUGAAUAUUUAAACUCUUAGAAAGCUCAGGUAUUAUUCUUAGCUUGCGCGCGCGUCCACUUUCAACUUCCAUGUUUGCCUGUCAGUGCUCUUAUUAUUUACCUGAAAUCAGCUCAAGACACCUUUAUAUUAAUUAAAGUUACCUCAAAUUACUCAUGAACAAAUAUUUGGGGGUAUCCCCCGAUGGCUAUACGGAAAACAUUUGAUGCGAGGAAACUGCAUAAUAUACAGACUCGAGCCCCUGCCAGAAAGGUAAAUAAAGAAUAAAUUAGAGUGGUGGAAGACAUUCUGUCACCAAAAUUACCAUUUUCUAUUUUAGUGUUUCUCUGCCAAUGAGCUCUUACAAGAACUAAAUAUUUCAGUUGAAGCUGAUGUUGACAAAGGCAUGAUUCCGCAGUUAAGCAUGAGCAUUAUCUCAAAGCUACUUCAACUACAAUGUAUUCAAGUGAACUACGAAAAUCGUCUACCCUGUCCUUCCUACUUUGUCAAACACUUGUUUGAGGAAUAUGCCAAAAAUAAUGUUCUUUACAAAGAAAAUAUGGAGAAAUUGAUGGAAAACUUGAAGAUUGGAAGACAAGGCACAAAUGAGAGUGAUACCAAAGCCAACACAUCAGAGCCAGCAGAUAAACUUGCUCGUAGAAAGAGACAAAUAGUUAAACGUUCUUCCUACCGCAUUUCAAAGAUGUCUUCUCUACUUAGACAAAAGCGACAACAAGAUGGUAGCCAAGUUGCAGAAGGCAGUAUUUACGAAAAGGUAUGUGAAGGAUAAUACAAUGUUGAGAAUGAUUGGGAAGUAUUUGUGGCAGUUAGUGCGUUGCCACUGUCACUGAGUUAGGCGUGCUACUGCUAUAAGAGGUAUCGGUGAUGCAGUCUUCAAAGGAAGCGCCUUUCACCUCUGAGAUUGUGGCUUCAUAUGAAAAGAGUCUGUCAAAGUUCUGCUUUUCCUUCUUUUAUUUCAAAUACAAGUAUAGUAGCAUAGAUUUUAGAGCAAAUUUGGAUGCUCAGAAUGCAGGAAAUAGACCCAUUGCACUGACGUCACAAAUCCUUAGAGUGUCCUCCAGAUGCUCCCUAACAAUUUAAUAUUUGUUUGGGUACAACAACCACAUACAGCGCAAAAAUUAACCAUUUUAAUACAAAAUUAUUAUACACUUUUAUAAAAUUUGUUUUGUUUACAAGAGUUAUAUUAUGCAUAGAUUGCUCAUUUGUCCUCCAGAUGGAUCAUCACUGGCGCUGUGACGUCAUGUGCAAUGCGUCUAUAGCAUUUCCGGGUUUCAAAUUUCAAACAUUUUCUGGGGAGUAUGUCCCCACACACGUGGCCUAUGGCCAUUUCUAUCCCCCUCUAAUAAGUAACGAUAAAUUACGGUUAAUAUUUUUUUACUUUUUGUGCGUUUUUUCCUUCUUUUAUUUCAAAUACAAGUACAGUUAGCAUAAAUUUUGGAGCAAAUUUGGAUGCUCAGAAUGCAGGAAAUCGCAUUUCCGGGUUUCAAAUUUCAAAAAUUUUCUGGGGGAGUAUACCCCCAGAUCCCCCUAUACAUGCGUGGUAUGUCGGCCACACACAUGGCCUUCAUCCAUUGCCUAUCCCCCUAUAUUAUCUCACAUAAAGGUCCCUUUUCAAAAAAUGCACCCCCCCCCACGGGAAAAUCCUUAAAAAAGGCCCUUAAGCGGCCCCACGAUAGUGUACAUUGUGGUGUAGUGGAAGAGCUUGAAUCCGCUAAAUUGUUGCGGAUUAAUUGCAUAGUGUUAAAUUCUUUUAAAAUUUCAGUUAUUCUUAACGGGAAUGGUAUUUUAGCAGUCUCGAUUUAUACUUCAUCACCGUAAUCCAAACAUGAAAUAGCUUCGCUAUGUCUAUUAUUAGCCUUCACAAGGUAGAGUGCUGUUGGGAUUGUCAGAAUAAUUCAUUUCAGUUACAUCCUUUUAAAAACAUUAUUAAUAAAGAUUGGAACUUUCCAAGUUUAUCAUUUUGUCAGCCCCACGCCAUGUCACCUCGUUCCUUUUUGAGAUCCCCAGGACUGCACUACUGGAAUUGCCUAAUAUCCAGUCCCGGAGGUUAAGUGCGAACGGGCAUACUCUUGGUACGAGAAUAGGCCCAGAGCUAGGGGGGGUGACACCCCCAGAAAUUGUAUUCGGAACUUCAGUCGGCAGGACUGCUAUUUUAGUCGGCAGACAAAAAUAUUUUUGACGAAUAAAACUACUAUCGAUAUGAUUUUUACCGGUUAUAUAAGAAACGGAAAUUUUGGUUUCUCGAAAUUUACUCAACAGGAUAAUCAUUAUAAUCCGUUAUAGUAAAACAAGCCCAGAUUGAAAGUUAAACCAAACAGCGAUACAAAAGAUCUUAAAUGAAUUUCAGGGACCGCGGAGCAGCCACCUCCCAAUAAUUUUCCAUACAUAUGUUAUUUGUAUAAACUAAGAAUACUGAAAUCUUUCAUGAUCAGAUCAGUUAACAAUAAAUAUAUAACUUAUAUUAGCCCGCGUGCAGGCCCAAGGGAACUGAUAUAUCAGUUCCUUGGGCCUGCACGCGGGCUAAACUUAUAUAGCCAAGUAUUUAAUCUAUUUCUGUUUGGAUUAAACAAAUGACGGGUAAUAUUAGAUUAAGAGUCGUACUAUUAAGAAACUUCUUAACAGGGCUUUGCAUUUCAUUGCAUUUCCAGGCCAUAACAUUGCAUUUCCAGGGCUCUGAGAGGUCUCAGAUUUUAAAAUUUUUCGGGGACCUCUGGAGCCCCCUAAAAACUAACGCCUUCGGCGUUCGUUAUAGCCCCCGUAAGAAAAAAAUGGCUCCGCCGCGGUCCCUGAAUUUAGUUUACCUCCACCGGACAUUUUACAAGCUUCCAUGGCUAGCAUGUGGUCGGUACAAGCUCGUUCAUCAGUCGGUUGAAAUGAAGUUAAUGAACUUACCCCCCCCCCCUGAAGAAUUUCCUGAGAACGGCCCUGCCAAUAUCAAAGAAGCUUUAAUGAGAUUAUUUAUUAAUAUUCUUCAACUAAAUUUUUCAUAUCCUAAUGAAGUUUCUUUUCAGUGUUAUUCAGCGGAUGAACUUUUCUCGAUCUAUCAUGUUGGUGAAAAUGAUGGGUGCAAAAUGAAAAGAUUUGAAAGUUUGUCAAUAGCUCUUCUUGAUCAAAUAGAGAGCAAUGUUUGCAAAUAUAAUCACAAAGAUGUAGAUGAAGAUGAUAAUGAGAUGAAGAAAGUACCAGACAUGGCAGGUGAAUGUUUUUGGAAUCAUUUCUGUAUUUUUCAUGCAGUUAACAACAACAACAACAACAACAACAACAACAACAACAACAACAACAACAACAACAACAACAACAACAACAACAACAACAACAACAACAACAACAACAACAACAACAACAACAAUAUUUAAUAUUUCUAUUGCGCGAUUUUACAUAUGUAUAUGAUCAAGUGCGCAUUACAAUUACAGCCGAAACUGGCGUGACGCAGACCGAGGUAGACUGUGAGCUUACAAAUGGCGCUUUAAGCAGCCGCUAUUAGUCCAUACCUCAUUAACGAUCUUCCCCCUAACUUAUGUGCCUAACCCACUCUGUCAACUUUCCCUGUGGAGGAAACCGAAGUACCCGGAGAAAACCCACGACCUUCGGCAGAGCGUUGACUUUUACUCUUUUCACAUGAGGACUGGGUUCGAGUCACAUUGAGAAAUUCUCAUUGAGAUUUGAACCUGCGACCUUAGAGGUGAAAGGCAAGUGCGCUAACCACUUCGCCACCGAAGCCCCAUGGCCACCGAAGCCCCAUAAUUUACUAGUCAAGUGUUACUAGCUGCAGGAGGAAACAGUGGCAUACCACGAAGUAUAGUCAAACAAGAAGCACUCUUCUCACAUGUGACUGAGGCCACAUUCCGAUCAGACAACUGCAUAAUUAUAGGUGGGAAUCGAACUCUGCACGGUCGAGUGAUCGUAGCGUCCGCAGUCAGAAGCCAGCAGCAAUGACCUACAGUGUUCCGCCAACGUCCCCAUCUGAAAUAUUCUUCUAGUUUCAAUCAAAUUAAAUAGAACUGUCAGUUAGCCGUGUUUAUAUAGCGUUUCCAAUACCUGAAUUGUUAUUUCAAUGGCGAUACAGAUACCGGUGGCGAAUCGCUAUCUCGUCAUUGGGACCUUGGACCAUAUAUAUUGACUAGCUUACGAUUCAGUAAAGGUUAUUUAUUAGUAGAAAUUUUGGAGUGGCUAUAAAUUGAAUAUUGAAUUUCUUGCAAAAAACGACAUGCAUGCAUGACAGGAAAUCUCUGGCAGGGAAUCGACUAAAUUGAAGUUUCGAUUUCCUGAAUUUGUAAGGAGGUAAUUUGUGGAUUUACCAUGAUUGAUCAGUUUUCAAUAUCAGAAUAUUUCCGUAUUUCUAGUAUGGGGUUUUGGUCUAGCCGCAGUUUCUGCAGUUAGUCUUAUAUCGUUAUUCAUGAUCUUACCGCUGUUGAAAACAAAAUUCUACAAGAAAUCUCUCGUGUUUCUUAUUGCUCUGGCUAUCGGUACUUUGGUUGGAGAUUCAAUGUUUUAUCUCUUGCCUCGGGUAGGUUUGAAAGGUCUUGUUUUGCCUAUAUCUAUUGGUGGGUUUGACUGUAAAUGUUAUAUUAGACAGCAGAUCGCGAUGAACUUCAGAGAUUGAUUGUUAAAACAUAAUCCUGGUUUCCAGAUGGUCGUAACGGUCGUGAAGACUGAGUCACGAUCUUUCUCAAGAACUGAAAAUAGGCAGAGUGAUUAUAAAUAGAGAAUACUUAUGAUUUAUAAAACUAUUAUAAUCUGGCCGUUGAGAAAGAUCGUAACUCUAUCUUUACGACUGUUACGACCAUAUGGAAACCUAGCUACAUAUAAGAAGAAUUAGACUGAAAUUCUCGCAAUUUUAUUUACACAUAACCUGUACCAAAUUCAAGAUUACUAUAUAUAUAUAAAGAAAGGAACAUUAACAUUAUUUUCUCACUCUUACAACUAUCGAUUGAUGACCAUUUGGUGCAUGAUACUGCGGCGGCUCAAUGAAAGUUACACUUUCAGCCUGCAUUGCUACAUGAUCAGAAUUAUGACGUUAGAAGAGGGUAAAACUUUGAAAUGCAGCGAAAUAAUAUAGGUAGAUUUAACCACCCAAAACCAACAAUUACUGAACGAAGCAAAAAUUUGCAAUCGUGUUGUUUGAAACGCUGACAUGCAUAUGUUCAAAAAAAUGUUAUCAUAUUAUCCAUAUCAUGCUGUUUAAGCCUUUUGUCCACUCUUUUCAAGAAUAGUUAUGUAUAUUUGACAAAAAUGUAAUCACAAGUCCACUCUUAUUUCAGGCAACUGGUUUUCAGGGAAAAAAUAAAGAUUACUACUGGAAGUUUUUUUCUGUAGUCGGUGGAAUUUAUGGAUUCUUUAUCUUUGAGACAACUGCACAUCUUCUUCUGCGACAAACACACACUGUUGAGGUAAAUGCAUCAUGUCUUUAAAAAUUUUCCAGUUUCUUGCCAUAAAUGCGUGUAUCCAAUUACUUCCAUUUUGAACCAGGUAAAAGUUCUUACAAAAUGACCGGGUAAAUACCAACCAAAAGUCAAUAUUGUGAUUGGCUUGCUUAAGAAAAGUGAUCAAUGUUUGCAUGUGAUUCAUUAUUUAGAAAAUGUCUCAACGUCUCUAUUCAGAGGCGGUGAGCCAGGAUUUUUGGCGGGGGGAGGGGGGGGGGGCAGCAAAAACCUAGGUGAGCCAGGCUUCACUUGAAUGAAUUUUCUCAGGGGCAACAUUUUACCAGAUGCGGGGCGGGUCCCCCGGCCCCCACCCUGGCUACGCCUUUGUCUCUAUCUUAAUUUCAACUUCGGGAUUCUUCCAAAGUCCUUCUGCAUCGAAAACUUUCUCUUUCUAACUUUUUCUGGGAUGGUUUCUUAUACACAUCAAUCAUGAAGAUUUACUGUUGCUUUCAAUUUGUUUAUUUUCAAGAUCACACCAAAGAACAAGAAAUACACCGAAAAAAAUACCGUGGUUCCAAAAACAAGCGAUAAGAAUCAAAACAAGCUGGAUAACCCAGCGUUCAUUGUGGCCAACAAGGUAAACACGUGAUAAUCAGGAUUUGGGGCAUCUACACUUGAUAGAACUAUAAUGUAGAAGGAUUUUGUAGUUGGACAUUUUGAGUGUGAAUUUUAUAUAUUUAUUAGACCUAACCAGGAGAAAAUACAACUAUAGACCCCCCCCCCUGGCAGGAAUCCAACCUGCGGUCCUGCGAUUCCAGUGUAGCGCUCUAACCAACAGAGCUAUAUAAAGGCCAGUUUCCAAGCUCUAAACUCAAGUUCAUGUGAUGCCAGUGCAAAAUGGGUGAAUAAUAAAUUUAAAUCACACUUUCCAUCCAUAAACACGCAAUAGACUGUGUUCUUCAUCCAAGACACAAUGUUAUAUAAAUUAGGUAUACUCCACUUUUUCAGUCACCAUAUCGUCAUCUUGUAGUAAAAGCAUAUAGUAUAAGUAAUUUGGGUGUAUUUGAGUAACUCUAACUGAUGUUGCAUGGAUUAUGUUUGACUUCAUUUCAGACUUUCCAUCAGGGAGUCAGGGACGUCGUGAAGACUAGUAUACAUGGGGGGGGGGGGUUCAGGUCAUGUUUUGACCAACGUUUUGAAUUAUUGGGGGGUGUUACAUCCCCACGCACACACCCCGACCCACCGCCCUGUAGCGACGUCCCUGCUUUCCAUCCAAGAAUGUUGGAUUGCUUCAAACAGGCCGUCAUGAUCAAUAAAUAAGGUCCUGUUUAUACUUGAAAAUCUGAUCAAUUUAUAAUAAGUCAUCUGCAUGUGUUCUCAAAAAAUAGCUCAAAGCCUUUUAAGGUACAUACACUAAAGCCCUUUUUCAUUACGAAAGAUCGACGCUGCCAAUUAAUAAAAUGCGUGAAUGUUAAUUGAACGUGUAUACAUAUCUUGCAUUCAAAUAAGAAGCAGCGGGGAUUACAAUUACUGACAUUACUUAUUGUAUGAUCGAAGAGUAAAUAUUCAAACUGCACUUUUUCAGUCCAGUAACAACUAACUGCUUACUAGAAUAAUUCUACUUUACACAACAUGUUUCUGUUUCGAGAUAGUUGAGCAUUGAAGGCGUUCGAGUUUAG